AUGGAGAAGGUCCUGAAUGACUACAUGGCCCACCCUCAGCGUCAUGCAAGUGCAGUUGGUUUCUCUCUGAUCAGGGCAGAGGAUGACCCUCAGUUCAUACAGAGCUUUAAGGGCAGCCUUGGCUUUGGAAGAACUGAGCAGUUCCGCGAUGAUAGCUUUAUCUGGCUUGCCUCUGCAACCAAGCUUGUCACCACUACUGCUGUCUUGAUCGCAAGUCAAAUGGGACUCCUGAGUCUUCAAGACACUGCCGACACCUAUCUCCCAGAACUAGCUGAGAUGGAAAUUCUCAUUGGCUUUGAGGCGUGCUUAACUGGUGGAAGUAUCCCAAUUACGAAAAGAGCAAAAAAUCCCAUCACAAUUCACCAGCUCCUGACCCACACCAGUGGGCUAGCGUAUCUGUUCCUCACCAAGGACCUUAAGAAAUGGGCGACUUACAACAAUCGAAGAUCCGAUGAAUUGUCCAGCUCUCUGGAAGACUGCCAUCACCCACUUCUAUUUGAGCCUGGCCAAGGCUGGGCCUAUGGUCCUGGUUUUGACUGGGCUGGUCGGAUUAUUGAGGUGGUAUCCCAGUGCUCAUUUGAGGAAUUUUGCAAGCGAUAUAUCUGGGAUCAGAUUGGGGCACAUGAUUGCACUUUUCGCCCCAAAUCCAGGCCUGAUCUACUGGCUCGUCGCUUGGAAAUCACUCGCCCAACUCGGAACAAUGGUGUUAGUAUGAACUUGAACCCAUAUCCGCUUGAACCAUCCCACGACCUUGGAGGAAUUGGGCUUUGGACAACGCCUCGAGAUUUUAACCUCUUUCUCUGGCACCUUUUUAUAAAGCCAAAUGGUUUGGUGACACCUGAAAAUUUAAAUCGCAUUCUUGAGCCACAGGUAUCAGACACCAAGUUGGUCACAGAGAGCAUGCAUGGCUCCAAUGGUGGCAUACUUACUAGUACUUUCCCUGAACAUUUUCCACUGGAUUUUGGUCUUGGGGCUUGCAUCACAACAAGAGAUCUUCCAGGACGUCGACCAAAGGGCUCUGUGAGCUGGCUGGGGUAUCCUAAUGAGUACUGGUGGUUUGACCCGAAGAACAAAAUCUGCGGUGUUCUCUACAUGCAGAUGAUCCCUGCUGGUCUCAAUGAAGCUGCCAAUCUGCUGGUUGGCGUUGAAGAAGCGGUCUACAAAGACAUGAGAGGUAGAGGUAUUCCAGAGGUGCAGAUGCAGAGACUGUGA